GCCGCUUUUCCGCGCCGUAGGUCUCGCGAGACCCGAGAUCGAUUGGUCUGGGAUUUAGGAAGAGGUCGGGAGAAGUCCGACAGCGGCGGCGGGUCUUCGUCACAGUUUGGCUGCUCGCUUUUUCCUCAGUGCAAGCUCCGUUCUCCUCAGCGACCCUUGAGUCUCACUGGCUGGCUUGAGACUGCAAGUGGGCGCUUGUGGUGACCCCGACCAACCAGCAGAAAAAAGCUCCUUGCCUCGCUUUGCCUUCCCGUUCCUUCUGACCAACGGGUCGGGGCCAGCGACACGAGGCGCUUGGGCCAGCCGUGGUCAGUUACUGAGGCGGUCACUGGGCGCGAGCGACCUCUUUACCCUCGGGGCAGGAACCCCCUUUCUCUGCAGGGGGAGGAGCCAACGGUUCUGAUCGAGGGUCUUCCAACCUCCCGGCCGCGCUGGGUGGGGCUGGCUCGGGGUCGAGAUGACCCAAGAGCGGCCCAAGUUCUAUCGGCAAGAGCUAAACAAGACGGUCUGGGAAGUGCCUGAGCGUUACCAGAACCUCUCGCCGGUGGGCUCUGGAGCUUACGGCUCCGUCUGCUCCGCCUUUGAUGCUAAAACUGGCCUGCGAGUGGCUGUGAAGAAAUUGUCCAGACCAUUUCAGUCCAUCAUUCAUGCCAAAAGGACCUACCGUGAACUACGUCUUCUUAAACAUAUGAAACAUGAAAAUGUUAUUGGUCUUCUAGAUGUCUUCACACCUGCAAAGUCACUAGAGGAAUUCAAUGACGUAUACCUUGUAACCCAUCUUAUGGGAGCAGAUCUGAAUAAUAUUGUGAAAUGUCAGAAGCUCACAGAUGACCAUGUACAGUUUCUUAUCUACCAGAUUCUUCGUGGUUUGAAGUAUAUCCAUUCAGCUGACAUAAUACACAGAGAUUUAAAACCUAGUAACCUAGCUGUGAAUGAGGACUGUGAGCUGAAGAUUCUGGAUUUUGGAUUGGCACGACACACAGAUGAUGAGAUGACGGGGUAUGUAGCAACCAGGUGGUACAGAGCUCCUGAGAUCAUGCUCAACUGGAUGCAUUACAAUCAAACAGUUGAUAUUUGGUCAGUUGGAUGCAUUAUGGCUGAACUAUUGACUGGAAGAACACUGUUCCCUGGUACAGACCAUAUUAACCAACUUCAGCAGAUCAUGCGUCUGACGGGGACACCCCCUGCAUAUCUCAUUAACAGGAUGCCCAGCCAUGAGGCAAGAAACUAUAUACAGUCCUUGUCUUACAUGCCCAAGAUGAAUUUUGAAAAUGUAUUUAUUGGUGCCAACCCCCUGGCUGUAGACUUGCUGGAGAAGAUGCUGGUGCUGGACACAGACAAACGAAUCACUGCUGCCGAAGCAUUGGCCCAUGCCUAUUUUGCUCAGUAUCAUGAUCCAGACGAUGAGCCAGUGGCAGAUCCCUAUGAUCAAUCCUUUGAAAGCAGAGAGCUUGAUAUUGAGGAAUGGAAAAGCCUAACCUAUGAUGAAGUAGUUAGCUUUGUGCCACCACCGCUUGAUCAAGAGGAGAUGGAGUCUUGAGAAUCUGUUGCUCUCUCAUGCUCUUCGUCCCAUAUCACUGUGAGGGGAAGGCCUUUUUCAGAGGGAUUCUCCACAUAUCAUUCAAGUGCCUCUUGCCGUGAAGAUUCUCCUUGGAGGGGUUUUGUGUGUGUUUGGUUUGUGCGUGUGUGUGUGUUGAAUGGGAGGGGUGAGUAUCUAUACAGUAAUUGUAUAAAUACUGCUGCAUGUUCUCUGGUAUUUUUGUAUACAGCCUGGGAUGUGCUUCUGAAGACCUGUUUGCUCUUUAACCUUUACAGUUGGUAACCACCUUUCAUUGCUCUAUGGCAAGGCAGAUAUUAUGCAGGGAAGCUGAGAUUUCAAAUUCUCAGUAGCAAUUCUUGCCAUUAAAUGGCUCUCCUAUCAAGAAAAUACUUAGAUAAUGGAAGCUGAACUAUUACUUGAACUGUGCCCUCUGCUUUCCAGGAGGAGAGAAAAGAGAGUGAGGGGUGUCUUUCCAUUCCAAGCAGCUGCUUUACACCCAUAGCCUCUUCCCAGUAUUCUAUUGAUCAGGAAGGAUGGGUCCAUGAAUGACUAGCUAUCUAUUGGGAAUUUUUGUCUGAAAUAGUAUAAAAAAAUAAAAUAAAGUGUGUGCCUUAAAUGAUUGAGGGAAAAUUUGAAUCUGAGUUAGUGCUGUCUUAACAUUGGGAUUCUGAGCUUGCUGCUUUUUAUGGUAUGGGCCACUUGAAACCCCUAUAUUACUGACUGCUAUGGCCAGGAUAAAAGUUUUCCAAAAGUAGGGUGUGUCCCUUGUUUUUGGACAUUUUCGCUUUCUCUCUUUCCUGCCCAAAUCUGAGAUGUCCCAGCAGUAGAUCUGAGAUGUCCCAGCUCUGUCAUGCUGCCUGUUCAUUUUGAAUAUCUUAAGACAGAGUGUUUUGCAUGUUGUAACUGCGUGCAUGUAGGCUUAUUUGUGUUAUCUGGAGGAGGCACUGGGUUGGAAAAUCAGCCAACAAAUUACUGUAUUCACUACCAUAGUUGGAGCCAUAUAGACUUGCAGCAUCCAUCUAUUCUUGUUCAAUAAUGGUUGACAUUUUGGGCGCUUUUUAGAUAAAAAGGGGCAAGUGAACAUGCACCUUUGAUCUUCCUUUUGUGGCUUUAAAAAUGAGUUCAUUUGUCAGUUUGAGUGUGCCUGGACACAAGGUUCAGUUUAUUCAUAUAUUAUUGAAAUCAAGAAAUGUUGAGAUUGCCCUGUUUAGAAACUGGGGGGGGGUAUCAGUUCAAGUAUUUUGUGUUCAUCAGGUAUUCUGGAUAUCUGAGAUCCUAUUUUUAAAGUAUUUUCUGAAAUUUAUAUAAUGCAGGUAUUGUGCAUGGAUUGUAUGCCUGUCUCUGAAAGAGUGAAGCUUUGCAGUAUUUUUGUUUUUUUGAUGGAUCUGGGAUUUUAAUGUAUUUAUCCCUUUGUACAGAGAAGCUGCCAAAAAAAGAAAAGGGAAAAAAAGAUGGCAUGUGGAUAAUAAAGCCAUCUGAUCUUUCCCUUCUAGUGAUCUCUCUUCAGGUCAGGCCCUCUGUAAAGAGGCUUGGGGUCCAGAGAGCAGUGCUCCUUCAUGCUUCAGGGUCGGAGGCCUUAAGACCAAACAGAGUCAACUCCCUCUCCUGGAUCUGCAGUCUGGGUAUUCAGAUGGAAAUGUAGAUAUAUUCUGUAAAACAUACAAGAAGAUUAUUUUUAUCAGUCAUUUUAUGUGUAGAUGCUACCAUGUGACUUUCAUGCAGAAAUACUACAAAAAUAAUUUUAAAACGUACAAGUAUUCGUGAGUGGGAAUAUCUCAAAGCUGAGAUUCUUAGUGGGAGUCCCUGUGGAAUGCACUCCCUGUUAGUGUGGUCCUGUUCUACUGCCUCAACUUUGGACAGAAAGUACACACAUUAAAGAGAAUUUCUGCAAUUUUGAUUGUAUACAGGAAUUUUACUCUAACUGGUUAUGCCAUAUAGGAUAUCACACAAUGCCACUGGUUUAAAAUAAACCUAUUUUUCAAACUUAA